AUGGUGACGAUCUGUACCUACAAUGCACGUACACUUGCAUCCGUGUCCUCGAUAGAGGACUUCCUCAUGCAAGCAAGAAGGAUAAGGUACGAUGUCGUCGGCUUGGCCGAGACAAGGCGACGCCGCCCAUUCAAUGCCGUCUAUGACACCGGAGAAGAACUGGCCUUCGGAACAUGCGACAGUAGAGGAGUCGGUGGUGCCGGCGUUCUCGUUAACACGACUUUGUCCAUGAACAUCAAUUCAUUCGAGCAGGUUACAACCCGAAUUGGACGUUAA